UUAUCAAUUUCUUUUCUCGGACGUUAUCUUUAGCAAAGCGACCUGCCGUAAUCUUUAGCGAUGAAAAUUUAAACGAAACAAAACUGGAGGAAAAGCUGAAGAGACACAUUUGAAUCAUCAUUCACGGUUGUUGCAGCCUUAAAUAAAAUAAAUAUAAAAAUAUAAAAAAGAUCAUUGAAAAGUGAGUAAGAAGAUCAUCGGGAGAAAUAAUAAAAGGAAAUGACAAUGGCGUGUCCGGCGAGGAGAAGCUCACUAAUGGACGAUCUCUUGGGACUUCUUAGAAUCCGCAUCAAACGUGGCGUCAACCUAGCCGUCCGUGAUAUCAGCAGCAGCGAUCCUUAUGUCGUCGUCAAAAUGGGCAAACAGAAAUUAAAGACUCGUGUUAUUAACAAAGACGUAAAUCCAGAAUGGAAUGAAGAUCUGACUCUCUCCGUUACAGACUCCAAUCUUAACGUCCUCUUGACGGUGUACGACCACGACAUGUUUAGCAAAGACGACAAGAUGGGUGAUGCUGAGUUCGAGAUAAAACCGUAUAUUCAGGCUUUGAGGAUGCAACUCGAUGGACUUCCUAGUGGAACCAUUGUUACCACGGUUCAGCCCAGUCGUCACAACUGUCUAGCCGAGCAGUCUCAAGUGACUUGGGUUGACGGUAAGCUCGUCCAAGAUCUCGUUCUCAGAUUGCGACACGUGGAAUGCGGAGAGGUCGAGGCUCAGCUUCAGUGGAUUGACCUCCCUGGCUCCAAGGGUCUAUGAGACGUUUUUUACCGUUAUUUUGAGGUUUUUUUUUAGUAAAAAAAUAUUAAUCUUAAACCACAAAAUCAAAACAAGAACAUAAUUAAAGUGGGGGUGAAACAAGUAAUUGGAUCUUAAAGGAUAGAGAAUUAGAAACGCGUAUUAAUCCAUGAGGGAUAUAAGGAUUAAGAACGUUGAGGGGAAAGUAUUGUUCCCAUAUGGUGACCGAGUCCAAGUCGAGUCGUGGUUGUGUGGAUGUAUAUUUCGAGUUAGCAAUGCCUUAAGGCUUUA